GAACAUUAUUUUGUGGGUGUGACUGAGUCUCCAUGGCAACAUUAAAUUUUAGUAACGAAUUCAAUGGCGGCUAAAGGAACUAAAGGUAGCUUGUGGAAGCAGUCUGAAGUUCAGAGGGGGACGCUGGAAACGUGGCCUGUUCGGUGUAAGAAUGAGCGAUCCGUUGUUCCUAAGCCCCAAUUGUUGAGACAGUUGGAGGACUACUUGAAGAAAGAGCUAAGGUUUUUAGGCGCUCCUCCACGCGGGCCGGACGAGCUGAGGCUCCAAGCUCACAGGGAAGUAUUUGAUUGCUUGGUAGACAAGUUCACUACUUACAAGCCAUUGCUCGCUUCCAUUAAAAUGGAGUACGAUCUAUUCAUUGAUGAUCAGAAAAAAAAGAUUAGGGAGCUGCACCCAUUACAAACCAAGCUACUCUCAAUGAGGGAGGAGUAUGAACAAAAAAUCAUAGCAUUGAAAGAAAAUGACAAGAAACAGGAUGAGAAGGAGAAGCAGCGGAAUCGCCAGUUGCAAAAAGAGAUUAACAGAUUAAGGGAAGAAGAGACCUCCUAUAAACUACAGAUAAGAAAACUACAAGAGGAGGUAGCUGAUCUAUAUAAGAAGUACCGUUUUGAGACUGAUGCAAGGAAGCUUCUGAUUGCAGACUACAAUGAGUUGAAAGCUAGACAAAACGAUGAUCAACAAGAUGAAGAAGUAGUCAUAGAAAAGGAAGACCCGGUUAUUUUGAAAUUGAAACUAGCUCGUGCCAAGGAGGACCUUCAUAUUGCCAACAAACGCAUUAAUCAAGUAAUGGCUGAUUAUGGUGACGUUGUUCCAAGGAGAGAAUAUGAAUUGAUUGAAAGUUCCUACAGAAAGGCAGAGAGUGAGCUUGAUGCAGUGAAGUCCCAAUAUGCUAAUAUAAUGGAAGAAUAUAAUUCGUUGUUGAUCAUGUAUAAAGAGUUGGAAAGGAGGAGGGAUAUGUCAAUGGAAGAGCUGGAACAAAUCAAACGGUCUGCUACACCAAGACCUGAUUGGUCUCGUUGCGGUGAGUUCUUUAAGGGAGGUCCAGAGAAGUGGGCAGAGAUAAGUGAUGGUUGCUCUAGUGAUGAACUGGUUGAUGUUCUGUUAGCACAACUUGCCGGAGUAGAUAUUAACGAUAUACUGAAACGUGAAGCAUUCCAUGGACAGGGUACUAGUGAGAGUGUCCCUAAAUACCUCCAGUGGGAAGGAGAGGUUAUCAAUAAACGCAUCAAGAGAGCCGAGUUGGAGGACAUGAUGUCAGGAUUCUGGGAGCACUGGCUAUUAAAGAUAUCAAAAGGAGAUGCCACCACCAAAGACAGCCUUGACGAAGUGCUGUAUCAAUAUCUGCUGGCACGCAAUGAAGGAGUGGUGAAUAGUGCUAUAGAGAAUGGGUAUAAUUUAAAGGACGCCUGUGAUAGGUUUCAACAUAUACUCCAUGUGAAUUUGUUCAGCUCAAUACUGGCUGGAGACAUGGAUGCCAGCAUCUUUUUGAACUGGAUCUCAUUGCAAGUCUCACUUACUGAGAAACUAAAAGAAAUUUGUAACUCAGACAAUGAGGUACCAAUAUCUCAGCUAGAAGAGCUUCUCAAGUCCUUCUUUCCUACAAAAACUGAAAAUAUGAUAGUUUUACUAGUCGAGUGUGCUAAAAGUCUUGCUGUGGCAGUGAGAGUAUAA